UCACCUACUUUUAAAUAUGUGCGUUUAUAUUUGAAGAUUAUAUCGGAUUGAUCUUUUGGCUGAUAUGGCAAUAAACACGCUGACGGCAUCAAGUGACAAAAUUCCACUGCUAUCAUUAUGUUCUCUAAAUAGUUCAAAAGGGAGUAUAAUACCAAAUCGAUUGGUAAAGCUAAACUUCGCUACCGAUAGUAGUGUUACAAGUUCUAUUAAGAAGUCUAAGAUAAGAAAAAACACAAAUUGUAAGUCACCCUAUCUCAAUAGUGAUAAAGUACACCUACUCUCACGAGUCACCGAAAAGAGGGUAGUCCAGAAAAAAGCUGCAGAUUUUGUGUCUUCCUUUCCAUUGGCAGUUAAAAUCUACAAAGCUAAUUCUGAUGAGUUUAAAUGUCCGAAACACAACAACAAAAGGGCUAAGAAAUCAGUAUUAACCCUACCCAAUGAACAGGCACCAGCACCACAAAUAUGCACUGUAAGUGAUAUGAAUGACUCAGAGGAUUUCAACCACGAAGAUGGUUAUCGUAAAAAAAGACCCAAGAAACGAUCGAUGGUCCCGAAUAGGAGAGCACAUAACGGUUUUGAAUUUUAUGAUAGGGAUGCAAGAUACUGUUCACAAUUCAACAUUCACUUGGAUUGUAGUUCCACUGAUGUAAUUAGAAAUUUUAAUGGUGAUGGUAAACAGCCAUUAAAUAGGACGAAGCAGUUUAAUCCACCAAAAAGUAAGCAAGAGGGUAAAUUUAACGGCCACGAAGUAUGGAAAGUUUUGAGAAAUAUAAACAGAUUUCAAUUCAGACCGUCCCUCCUAUGUCUGAAGAAAGUAUUCCAGUAUCGCGAAAAAAGGAUAAUCAUAGGCGAUUCAAUAGGAAAGACACACGGUUUAUUGAAACUUGUCGCACUGAAGAAUUUGCGUAUAUAUCAAGUAUUGAAGUAGAUAAUAAGUCACCGACAAGUUUUUCACAUUCCUCAAGUUUUGAUCGGGUGACUGUUAUUGACAAAAAAGACGAAUUCAGUAGGAUUUGUAAAGAAAUUGAAAAGAGUUUACCUAAAGCGCAUAGUGUUAAGAGUUCUAAAAAUCAAAAAUGUUAUCAGAAUAAAAAAUUGUUAAAGCAGAAGUCAUUAAGAACUAGCGAUAAAAUUACGGGACCGAAGGACUGUAAACAGCUUGCAACUACUAAUAGUAUGGAAGUGGAUGUAAAAGAUUCCUGUGAGAACAGUGUACCGCUUUCUACUUACAGUAGCAGUUUUGUUAUUCAAGAUUCCUUAACCUUAAAUUCUUCCAAUGAUAUACAAGAAAAGAUAAUUUCUGAAAGUCGAGAGUCAGUUUUGCAAAAUCAUCCAGUGCGGCAAAUAAAAAAUCGUUUCGCUAUAGAAAGCUUAAAAUCCCCUGCUAACUCAGUAUCCAGUAAGACGUGCCUGCCAAAGCCUUCGAAAGUACCCGAUAAAGUGUUUGAGAUUUGUCAGGACAAAUGCAAUCAACCUAUGAACGGAAUAACCAAAGUUGUAUUAAGUAAAGGUCAAGACAUAGUACCGAGUAGGCGUCUACAAACAACAAAGAGAAAAUCACGAUUAGCUACUACAUUGACAAACGCUUCUAUUGUGCCUAAAUUAACGCAAACCGAUAUAAGAAGGAGACUUUUAAACAUGAAAUUCCCAGUGGUAAUUUUGGGCAAGGAUCAAGUCAGUUCAACAAUACAAGUUAUGGAUUACGAACCUCCACAGUUUGAAGGUUUAGAUAAACAUAUUUGGCCUUUCAUGAUUGAGUGGAGUGAUGAUUAUAAGCACAGGGCGGAAAUGGACGACAAAUCGAAAUCCAAUGAUAUAACAUUUAAUAUUGAUGUGAAACGUGAUGGAGAUACUUCUGCACAGAAAAGAAGAUAUCAACAUUUUCAUGGAGAUUAUAAAUCUAAUAAAAAUCUUAACAGAAAAGUCGAAAUAACUGCCUCUAAGCAACUAAGUAAUAGAGAAAAGAAACGGUCAAAUGAUUCGAAAUUAAUACCAAAUAAAAACGAACAAAUUUCAAUUAAACAAUCUUUGGAUGUAAAUAGUAACACCCAACAACAAAAAAAGCAAAAACCUAUACACCAACUCAAAGAUAAAAUGCUCAAGCUCUUGUACAAAAAACCGCCUGUGCUUGUUUCCAUCGGGUUGGAUCCCGAUGUUACUGAGCAAUGUGAUACAAAUGGAAAUAAUAAAUUAAACAAAACGGAUGAUUGCGUUGUUAGUAACAAUAAAACAAUAAAUGAUGUUAAGAAUUAUAGUCCUACGAAGCCCAUGAAUAUUAAAUUGAAUGAACCUAGGUCAUUAGCAUUUAAACGACCUUGGGCGAAGGCGAAAUGGGCGAGCGAUUUUAUAGAUAAUGUUAUUAAAAAAAUAAAAAAUGGAGUUUAUUAUAGUCAAGAUUUAAAAUACGAUAGCGAGAAAACAUCAGUUGCAGCCAAGGAGACUUUCGUACAGACAAGAUCGAAUCCGGAAAAUAUUAAUAGAAAAAUGCCCUGUAAUUCUGAGAUAGACGAGUCAUCUGCACACACUUUGACUAACCGAAAAGAUGUACUUAAAAUUAUACCAGGAUUUGAUAAUUCACUCCCUGAAUUGGAAGUUCAAACAAUAGACACAGAUAAAAUAGAAAUAAAAAAUUGUUUGACGAAUAUAAUUGUGCAGUUUGAUAUAACUAUACCACGGGAGUCAGAUACACUUGGUAUUAACACAAAAAAGUCAUGUUCCUUAAUUCCGCUUGAAAGGAAUGACAGUAACAUUAAAUUAUUUAAAUGUAAAGCUACAAUUCUUAACGCAAUGCUACCUGCAGAGCUUUGCAGCAUAUUACCAGAUAUGAUGCGUAAGAUAGUACAUUCGGAUAAUAUAAAGGCAAAUCAACCAUUGCCAAUUAACAAGACGGACUCGCAGUUAUCGACGAUAUCAGAGUUGUCUCAUUUUGAGUGUUUUGAUCAUUUUAAAGCAAUUCCUAAACAAUACGUUUUAUCCCAAGAAAUAAGGCAAAUACUUUCAGGAAAGUUUUCACAAAGAAGUCGCGGAACUUUCCAUAAAGUGAAAAGAGUGGCGUUUCAAUCUUUGGAAAAUCUAAAACACUUGUUACCAGAAAAAUCAUCCAUUACUUACGUGUUAAAUUCUAUGGAAAAAAUGCCAAAAAAUAUAAGAUAUAGGAGAAAUAUUCAUUCAUCGCUAAAUAAACAACAAAAAGUAUGUGAGCCCCAAAAUAAAAUUUGCACAAAGAUACAACCGUACAAUCAUCAAAAACACUCGCUGAUACCAGCUAAACAAAGAUUCAAUUUGUGGAAUAUAUUAGAGAAUGUGUGGGCGAGUUAUAAAAUGUUUGGGCCGUUAAACACCAGCUUUUCAAUGCCCAUAUGUACUAUUUCUUUGGACAUACCGAUUAAUGGAACGCCGGAUACAAAGAAAGUUAUUAUAAAUUUUAACGAUUUGAAACUUGAUUCAAUAUUUGAAAAUUAUGCAAAAGUAAAGAACGAGCACAAGGCAUUAUGUGGAAAAGAUUUUGUACCUGAAAAUACACCUGAAUCUGAUGCUUCUUUCGGUGGUAUUAAGUCGUUUAAAAAGAUAAAUCACAUUCACGGGAACAAUCUCAAAAUAAAAAAGAAAGGUUAUGUGAAACUCUACAAAAAAUGCAAAUCUACAUCUAACAUACCCAACGAAAAGAAUAAUUUUUCUUUGAAUAAAGUAACCUGCUUGGAAGAUUUUUUCCAAUUGCUUGUCAAAAGCUUAAGCUGUGUAUUUGACGGCAAUGCUGGUAAAAAGAUACUAUCGUCUAUAAUAACGAUGAAAAAUUGGAUAACUGAAAUAAAUACAAGACAGGCUCUUCUUGUGCUAUUGUUGGCAAAUAAAAAAGAUACUCCUAAUUUAAUACGAUUUAGACCAGUUCUCCUACAAGGAAUUGCGGUCAACAGAAUAACUCGAGCCUCAGAACUGGACAUGGAAAUAGAAGUUAUUGAAAGAGAAAAAUUAAAUGGAUUUUCACAGUUUGAUGGUAUAUCCUAUUUACCGGCAUCGACUGAAAAUAAGGAUAAUCUAUUGGAAGAGCUUCAGUGGAUUGCAAAGACAACAGCCUCGGAUUAUCAGCGACCCUUCGAUGAGUCUUCAGAAAAACUACUCAAGUCCUUAUUAGAGAAAAGGAAACAAUUAAAUCCUUCGUAUUUACGCGUUAUGGCAAGAUACGUUGGCCUUGGUCUCCUCAAGUCAUCGACGAAAAAAAUUAACUUUUGAUACAUGAAAGAAUCAUGUGUACGUUGAACUAUGUCAAUUACAUUUUUGAACUAAAUCUCAUUAACUGUACUAAGUCUGGAGUAAAUUAAUACAAUAUAAUA